AUGGACCAGGGCCUUUAUGGCUCUGGUCCUCUUAGAGGCUGCCAUAGUCCUUACUUUCGAAUGGUGAGACUUCCCCUAUUAACACUGAUGCCGACAGGCUGUCUUAAAUUGCAGGGGCUGACGGCUAGUAGCUACAUCUUCGGAAGAUUCCAGGCGACGAUACCUAACGGCGUUAGAGACGACCGAGGUGUUGUAACCGACAACAGAAGACCUAUUACAACAUAUCUCACACUAUUCAUCUUUGCAUGGCUAUUCCAAUUCGUUUUGGUCUAUGAUGCCCUCCGGCUCAAGAACACUAUUCAGGUCUUCGGCCUUUGCAUUUUCAACGCCCUUAUGCUGCUUUACUCUGCCAUUCAAAUCGACCAAAUUCGAGAAGCCGUAGAAACAGCAUCCGGCGGAAAUACUCCGGACAACCCGAACAACUAUGACCCCAAAAGGCUAUGGAGGGUCAUCUAUCCAUUCCUCAUCGCGAUUCCCGUUGUCAUUGGUGUUAUCACUGCGUUCAUGAGCUUUGUCGCCUGGAAGCUGCACGACGAAUUUGCUUGGACGAUCUAUAAGCAUAUCUCGGCUGACCUAAGAAUGAAACGCCGAUAUCUCAUUUUCCAGAUUUAUAUCGCUCUUUUGAAGUUCGACUUUUUCUUCUUCCUUGGGUUCACAAUCCAGUUUCUGGUUAUCUUACUCACCAAGAAUGAUAUCGAGUUCAUCUUGACAAUCGUCGUUAUUCCGGUCACGAUUCUUAUCCUCCUUGCUGCUUCUUGGUUCACUAGAAGGGAGAACAAGAUUGGCGCCACUUUCGUCAUUAUUCUCUACUUCGGUGGUCUCUCCUACUUUCUGUUUAAGCUCGUCCGCAUGUAUCACGGCGACAAAGUCAGCUUCUACCUCAUCGCACGUCGUUCCCUCACCAUCUUUGCCAUCAUUACAGUCAUUCUUCUCAUCAUCACCAUCGGCGUGGCCAUCCAGUGCAUGCUCAACUUUGAUAAGGGACUCAAGCAACACGUCAACCGGAGGAAACCUACGGAUCCGGAAGACAAGCAUCAAAUGCAGGAUUUCAACUCAGGGACAAACCAAAUCAAUCCGCCCCCACGGAUGGAGAUCGAUUAA